AUGGCAAGUAGAAAAGAAUAUUUUGAUAGAAGGAAUGCUUCAAGAGUAUAUCUGCUUGAUAGCUUUCCUCGGUGGAGAGCGUUCAAAGAAGAAAAUGGCAUAGAAACUGACAGGGAUGUUGCGAACAUGCUGCUUGAUCGAUACAUGGCAACUAGGAAUCUGAACGUUCGGUGUGUGAUGAUAAGACAUGAGACAAGAAAACAUUUGAGCUUUAAAUUCGUAUCAUAUAUAGCUAUAAUGUACUGUAUUGAUAAAUAUAUUUGCAUGUUUUAGCGACGCAGAGAUUCAAACGGACGAGGCGAGCACAUUGUCAAGCGAUACAGUGACACCUCCGACCAGAAGCAGGAAUGAACAUGAUUUCCCCCUUCCUGGUAAGAUAUUGUUGUUGCCGUAAUUAUUAAAUUAAAACACGUUUAUAUGAUGCUCAUGAACACAUAUGACAAGCGAAUGUAACUAGGAUGUUCUUUUAUCUAGUUGAUAGUUCAACACCAAGCGCUACAACUACAAGAAGUCGGCGGCGCUUGUCUGUGGAUACAAUUUCAACAUUGUCUGCAAAGUCUUUCCGGUACAGUAAUUUGAGUCUCAACUCUAUCAUUAUCACAUCUCAUUGUUCGAACAAAUGCAAACAAACAAUGAAAAAUUACUGUUAAAGGUAGGGUACAGUCCGUAUGUAAACAAAGCCUUUGUUUACAUUUCGGUAUUCAAAAUAUUGAACUUUAUUCGACAACUAUUUAUAUUUUCAUGCUUCUACAGUAUAAUCAAUGAUCAAGAUACAACAAUCAGGCUUUGCAAGAACAUAAAAUGAACAAAGUGACUAUAUGACCGGCAGCCGGUCACGGUUUAUCAAAUACUAAAUGGCCGGCAGUCUAGUGACUAUUGUUAAAGUUGAAUUUUUAUAAGAUAAACCUGUCCCCAACCCCAAACCCUUUUCUAACCCUAACCCCUAACCCUAACCUUUUGAGAGUUAGAAAAGUCGGAAAAAAAAGUUUAAAAAAUUUUAAGAAAAAACAAUGCUAAGUCAGACAAAACACAUCCCGACUGCGUUUAACUUUCCGCACGCAGCGCCCUUACCGUAUAACUAUAGUCACUAGACUGCCGGCCAUUUAGUAUUUGAUAAACCGUGACCGGCUGCCGUCAUAUAGUCACUUUGUAAAAUGAAAUAAAAACCUAAUUAAAGUGUUUAUAUCACGGCAUGAAACUCCUAUGUGUGCAUGCGCAGACCGGACUGUACCCUAUCUUUAACCAAUAAUUUUCUGCUAUAUAGCUUUACUGUAUAUUUUUACUUAUUAGAUCUGACCCAUAUCCCAUAAGUGAAGAGACCUUGAGUGCAAGUUCUCCUGGCAUGAAAAGUGAUAGUGAAGAAAGUGAAGGUGACAUUGGUGACUUAACUGACGACCCGGCCACCAGAAGGGACCCUGACCUGCUGUCUCCUCUUGAUGAAUUCGAUUUUCAUGAGUAAGUAAGAGUCUGUUAUUUAUACUAUUGAUACAAAUUUAUUACAGGCAGUAUAAUUAUUUUAUUGGUAAGUCAAGAAUUCUUUAGAAAUAUAUUACUGUCGUUCCAAUUGAAGUGUUGCUCAAAUAUUGAUUAAAUACAUUACCUCGGGCUGACCAAUUCAUUUCAUCAAGUUCCUCGAGAUAUUCAUACACUUCCUAGUAUAAUUGUAAACUUCCAGUUGAAUAGUUUGAAUGCACCAAUCACCUUUGUUGUUUGUGCAACUAACCAAUCAUAAAUAGAAAGGAAGUGACCAGAAAUGAUCAAAUACUUGGAAUUGGCUCUUUCACAGGAAGUGUAUGAAUAUCUCGAGGAACUUGAUCAAAUGAAUUGGUCAGCCCAAGGUAAUGUAUUGAAUCAAUAUUUGAGCAACACUUCAAUUGGAACGACAGUAAAUCCAUGUUAUCAAUACAUAACUAUACCAUAUAUAGCACAUACUUGUAUACCUGAAAUUUUAGAUCAUUUGAUCCUGGUUUUGAUCAACCAUUGGUAGAUGACUUGCUCAAUGUAACUAUCAAUGGACAUGAUGGAGAUGAGCCUGAUGAUGGGAUUGAAGAAGGCGGAUCCAGCCAACCAGCUACAUUACAUCAGUGUGUCUCAACCGUAGAAGUUGUCACCCCAGAACAAGCCAUAAAAAUGGAAAAGUGUAUUGUUUUUACAGACACUCUUAUGUCAUUGCUCACAUCUCUACAUGGGAGUGUCUGUAAACGACAAGAUUGUGGUCGUCCCUUGCUUUAUCGUAAAAUCUAUGUGGGAACAUGCCUUGUGGUAUCCUGGAAGUGUCCGUCUGGGCAUGUUGGUGGGAGAUGGGCAGCUCAACCAUCUUGUAACAAGAUCAGAGCAGGAAAUCUGAUACUUUCGUCUGCUUUGUUGUUGUCAGGUAACUCAUAUACCAAAGUAGGGCUGAUGUUCAACUUCUGUAAUCUGCAGUAUUUUUCAUCUACACUGUUCAACCAGUAUCAGAAGUUGUACAUCAUCCCUACAAUCAAUGAGUUCUGGGAACAACAUAAGCAACAACUUUGGAGUGAAAAGGCUGGUAAAGAUGUCAUAUUGAGUGGAGAUGGAAGGAAUGACUCUCCUGGUCAUUCUGCCCAAUAUUGCACCUACAGCCUGGCAGAUAUGCAAGAUAACGCUAUCCUCCAAAUGAAUGUUGUGGAUGUAAGGGAAGCCUCUGGAAAGAGCAACAACAUGGAGAGGAUUGGGUUUGAAAGAGGGAUGGAUGCACUUCACAUGGAAUCACCAAUAAUCGUCAAAGAGGUGGUUACAGAUGGUCACCUUGAGAUUGCAUCAGUGAUGAGUAAGUGUCAACUUUGUCAAAUUGAUAUGUCAUCCAAGCAACAACCAAUGUUUAUUGAUAUCUCAAGAAUUCCUAAUCCAACUCUGUUUCUACAUGAAUUAAACCAAUAUAUAAAAGUUGGCAAACUCUUUCCACUAAAAAAACAGUAACUCUGAAUAAUCCUGACGAUGACUACAAAAUAUUCAAAACGUAUAUUAAAAAUCAAAUGUUAUUUGGAGUUACUGUUUUUUUGUAUUUUCUUAAAAUACUGAGUGAUUUCCAUAAUUCUUUCCACUACUUCCUGGCCUCUUUUCACUGCAGUUUGUACUUUUUACUGUGUAUUUCAUGAUUGUACUACUCAUUGUCUCUUUUACAUUAGAAAAGGCAGAAAAGUAUCGAAAUGUUGGCCAUCAGAAUGACGUAUGGCAUGGUGGAAAAAACAUUGCGAAAAAAGUUAAUGCUGUAAGUAUUUGAUCAAAUUAUAUGGUCCAAACUCAGCUAAGUAUAUAAAAGUAAAAGAACAAUUACAGUAUAUGGUAUUACAGAAACAAUACAAUAAAACCAAGUAUUUUCAUAAGAUAUUGUACAUAUAUAAAGUCCGAGUAACUAUUGUUCUGUGCAUUAGGAAAAUACUCAGUGGUCCCUGCAAUUAUUUAUUCUAUACCUUGAAAUAAUAGCUGUCUGAAAGUUUUUGAAUUUUGAGUAAUACGUUACUCAAGCUAAAUGCAAAUUUAAUAUACGGUAUAUUUAAGAUGUGCUAAAACAGCUGUAUACUAUUUAACAUUGUUGUGUUUAAGUACUGUAUAAUAUUAUGCUUUGUUUUUAGGUGGCCAAAGCUAAAAAUAAUGAACAACUGAAGUUGUGGGCACCAUCUAUCAGGAAUCAUUUCUGGUACUGUUCAAAGACCUGUAAUAAUGAUGCAAAAAAGCUCAAGGUAAGAUCUUCUAUAAACAUUCUUAUAAAAUGACCAUUUUUUCAUGUAAAAUGGACAUGCAUUUUAAGGUCAGUAAGUAAUAUACUGUAGGUUGAUAUCAACCUCAUUCCCACAUUCCCAGGGUCUUCAUUGUUCAAUGGUAUGUACUGUAUACAGCUUACUGUAGUUGAAUAUCUACAACCACAAAACAUUGAGAUACACUGCUACAGUAUAUACAAAGUGAACUGACUGGCAAAACUUUUAGAUGGCAUUAAGAAUUAGGUUGGGUUGCAAUUUUUAAUAGGAUAAAUGGACAGGGAUAUUACAUCACAUUGCUAAUGAGCAUGAGUGGAUGAUGGAAGAAGGUGGUAAUACAGGAAAAUGUGGCCAUGAUCCAUUAAGCGAAGAAGACCGAAACAAACCCUGGUUGGAGAAAGGAUCCCCUGCACUCAAAGCACUCACCAAGAUUGUCAUGGAUACUCGCUUCCUGAACACACUUGUGUACUACACUAAUUUCAGGUAUAAUCAGGUUCCUUAUGUUUGAAUUACUGAAUAAGAAUGAAGCAUUUACAUUAGAAUUCAACUAAUUUUUCACUAAUUUUUAUUCCAUUCUAAAUUUGUAGACACACUGGUUUUUUAGAGUCGUUCCAUAAUGUUAUUUUGAUGUAUGCUCCCAAACGUCAUGCAUACUCGUAAGUAUUUGGGCAAGUAAACUAUUUGGAAAAUAUACCUUUUUUCCCAGGGAAAAAAUAGCUUUACAGUACAUUGUACAUAUUGUAUACUUUAAUUAAAAUAUGCAGUAAUGGUAGUAAAACGUGUUUAUCUGUAGAUUUCCAGUGUACCGUGCCAGGAAUCAACUUGCUGCGUUGGAUUUCAACCAUCACAAAGACAGAGAACAAGCAACUACAGCUGAUGGUCAACUUCGGUAUGUCUAAUAUCAGCAAUCUGUUUAUUUAAUUUUUGCAUGUUGCAUUGUCAUUUACUAUAUGGUAGUUGGUAAUUGCAUUUAUAGAUUUUAAUUGGUUACUUAAUUAAAGGUUUGGACGUAAGUUUAGUAAGAGAACACAACGGUGGUGCCAUGUUCGUGUUCUGGUGCCAAAGCAAUACACCCAUAUUCCAGAGCUCCUGCUCAAGAUUUUUGAGAAAAGAAUCAGUUCUGGUGGAACUGUCAAUAGGAGAAUUGGUUUGUUGGGUGAAGACCCAAGACAGAUAA